GCAGCAAGCAGCAGAAGCAGGGCCCCCAGGGGAGGUGGCUUCGUCAUUGCCUGCUAGGUACUCCGGCCGGAAAGGCACUUGCUGCACCCUGGAGCUUACCUUAGUCCAACCUCGCGCAGCCCCGAUCACCUCUCCCCACGCUGCCGCCCGACAAGUCUGCUUGUCCGUAUCAUAACUCUCUUUCAACCGACCUUUAUUCCGUCAGCCUCAAGCCUUUCACUUUUCUUUGGGACAGCUCUCAACAUUAACCGAACGUUGCGAUCAUCAACCGCAUGCUUGUCGCAUGCCGACAGACAAGUGCUUUCGAUCAUUUCCACCCCUCUUCCCCCCCCGCAGCUCCCGGCUCAGCUGCGCAUCCCCGAUUGCGCAUCCCGUUUGAGACUGCAAACCCUUCUGGACGAUUGAAUAUCGACCUAUAGCUUUGUUUGCUAUUCCUUCCAAUCCGACACCGAAACGAUGUGGAACGACGAGGAUAAUAAUCCCUAUGCCGAGGGCUUUGACCGGAGAGACAGCCUGACUUCCUCUUCUGCCAACCCAGCCUCUCCUACUACCCGUGAGUAUCUGGAUGAUUCUUCAGACAGUACUGAUGCCGACUGGGAGACUCUAGACCAGCGAUUCGACAUCCCUCAGACCCCGUCGACCACAAGCGAUGAGGCUCCUCAGAAUCGCUCCCAUACCCUCCCAGACAGCGAAGCUGAGAGCAGCGACAAUGAGCCGAUUGCUAGAGACAGAGGCGAUCUUGUCCCGCGCCCGAAGCCCGGCGGCUACGAAAGCCGCGUCGAGCAGAUCCUCUGGGAGAAUCCGAGCAUGACUAUCCUCAUUACUGAUGCAGGAAAGAGCGCGGAGAGCGGUGGAAAAUACAUUGUCUACACCAUCCGGACAGGCAACCUCGAAGUGCGCAGACGAUACUCGGAAUUCGCGUCUUUGCGUGAGGCAUUGACCCGGCUGCACCCUACCCUGAUUAUACCCCCCAUCCCCGAGAAGCAUACCAUGGCAGACUACGCCGCGAACCCUACGAGCGCAAAGCAAGAUCAGCAGAUUAUUGACCUGCGCAAGCGCAUGCUUGCCGUGUUCCUGAACCGAUGCCGCCGCAUGGAGGAGGUCCGAACAGACGGUGUUUGGUGGAGAUUCUUGGACCCCAAUGCUAGCUGGAGUGAGGUCCUUCACUCUCAUCCAGUCGCCUCAGUGCCCAAGUCAGUCCUGAAGGCGCCGCCUUUGGAUCCUGCGAACCCUACACCUGCUCACAACUUCCUUCCCGUGCCAUCAGCUUCCGCCAAGCUCAAGACGACGGGCGGCCCUGGUGUCGACCCCGGCGCGAUCGCUGGAACUGGGUCCCAUGUCUUUGGCCGAUUUCCUCCCGACAGCCACACCCUGAGCGAGCAAGAACUUGACCCUUACUUCAUCACAUAUGAGGCAUCGAUCAAGGAACUGGAGCAACUGUUGUCGGGGUCCAUGGAGAAGGUCAACCGUCGGACCUUGAGCCACCUGUCUGCACUGGCCGCCGAUCUUUGCGAACUGGGCUCCAAGUUUAAUGCGUUCGCGCUAUCAGAACAAGCACCCUCUUUGGGCCCUGCCCUCGAGAGAGUGGGACAGGCGGCUGACUCCUCCUACAUUGCUACUGAGGAGCUUUCUGGCUCUCUCGGUGCCAGUUUCGCAGAGCCUAUGCGAGAGAAUGCGCAGUUCGCAGGUGUUGUUCGCAGCGUGCUGAAGUACAGGGUGCUCAAGCGGGUACAGCAAGAGCAGACUAGCGACGAACUCAGCAAGAAGAUUGCGCUGCUGGACCAACUAGAGCGCAGCGAGCAAGAGGCCAAGCGCAUCGAGCAAUAUCUCAGCAGCAGCCAGCAAAUUGCGCCAGCGCCGAAGCGGUCUACAAGCCUUAGAGAGGCUAACACAUCACACCAUCAGCGCGAGGGCAGUGCCGAAGACACAGCUUCCAUCGACUCCGACUUCCCUCCUACGCAUGGCGAGCCGGUCCCGACCGCGACCCAGGGUGUUCCACAAAGAAGCAACUCAACUCCAGGCCAUAAGAAGGCCGCGAGCAGCAACUCAAUCACGAACAAGAUUUUCGGACCGAUUCGUCACGCUAUUCAAGGUGUAGCUGACGUCGACCCCGAGAGAACUCGUCGUGACAUGAUUGGAAAGACAAGGGAGAGCAUCGAACAGCUUGAGCAAGCCAAGGUGGUCUCUGAGCAUGAUGUGAAGGAGGCUAGCGCAAGCAUUUUGAAGGACUUGAAGAGAUUCCAGGGAGAAAAGGAAGAGGACCUUCGUCGUUACAUGCUGGCUUAUGCCAAGAGCCAAAUUGAGUGGGCCAAGAAGAAUAAGGAGACCUGGGAGGAUGCCAAAGCCGAGGUCGCCAAGAUUGACGAAAGCUGAGGGUAUGGUUGGUUCAUUAGGGAGAAAGGGAAAUCGCGCAAUGAUAUCAAAACAGACAGGGCUCAGAGGCCUCGAGCUGUUUCCAAUAAUUUGAUGAGGCGUUGAGUCUAUCGGGUGGCUGACGUGGGACAAGCAAGACUCAUUUGGCGUUUACGAGGGACUCGACAUUCGUAAAAGUCAUGGGAUAGUCAAAGGCAA